AGCACAAUUUGGCAAUGUCCUCUUCAGGAAAGAGAUUAUCUCCUUGAGAUUGCGAAUAUUCCACGGUCUGCUUCACUUUCUCCAAUCGAACUUCUCCACAUCAGACAUCCCCGGAGGCAUAUGCACAAGGUCAGGAGGCAAUCCAUUAACCGAGCUUGAUGCAAGAGCGUAAAUCGUUUAACCUGGAUGAACGAAGGAAGAGACGGGGGAAAGGGGUUUCGAGAUCGGACCUGGAAAGCCAGAGCUGGGGAAAGAAUGAGGACAUGCUGUCGGACGUGAGCACGUUCUCAGUGCAGGAACAGGAGAGGAGGUUGAAGAUCGCGCGGGAAGAGGAGGACAGAGCGAGGAGGGAGGCUGAGAAGGUGGACAUGUGGGUGAGGCAGGAAUCAGCACGGAUGAAGGUUUCCAUCCCAGAGGAAAAGGAUGCCAAAUUCAGCUACAGGAAGCUUCUGCGAAUGGUGAACCAUGAAUUCCCAGAUCUUCCCGAUAGCAUUCCUGUUUUCAGGUUCCAAGAUAACAUCAUGGCAAGAGAAAACAAUGUGUUCCUCAAGGAUCAAUGCCGUUCUCUGUAUCCAUGGCGACAUUUCUAUUUGUGUGAUGAUCUUGGGUUUUUUCCGUCUUAGGAACUGCCAGAAGGAGGGAACUUUGCUCAGCAUACCACAAUAUCGUCAGCAGUCUUUACAUCGACUGUAGUUCAGUC